GAUUGGACCAAAUCACGAGCCGACACAGACACUCGCAUUCUCUAUCAGAGGACAGGACAAACAUGGCGUCGUUGAGGUGUUUUCUGCGCUCAGGGAGGAAUGCCGUAUCGGUUGUCCUGCGCAGGGAGUUCCACAAAACGUCACCGGCUUCUGUGCAGGUAACAGUCAGAGAUGCUCUUAACCAGGCCAUGGAUGAAGAGCUGGAGCGGGAUGAGAGAGUCUUCCUGCUGGGGGAGGAAGUGGCACAGUAUGACGGUGCCUACAAGGUGAGCAGGGGUCUGUGGAAGAAGUAUGGAGACAAACGCAUCAUCGACACGCCUAUCACGGAGAUGGGGUUCACUGGUAUCGCAGUUGGGGCUGCUAUGGCAGGACUGAGGCCAAUCUGUGAGUUCAUGACCUUUAAUUUCUCUAUGCAAGCCAUCGACCAAGUCAUCAACUCUGCAGCUAAGACCUACUACAUGUCGGCCGGCCGUCAGUCUGUCCCUAUCGUGUUCCGGGGGCCUAACGGUGCAUCUGCGGGUGUGGCUGCCCAGCACUCCCAGUGCUUCGCAGCCUGGUAUGGACACUGCCCUGGCCUCAAGGUAGUGAGUCCAUGGAAUGCUGAAGAUGCCAGGGGUCUCCUCAAAGCAGCCAUCAGAGAUGACAAUCCCGUGGUCUUUCUGGAGAAUGAGCUGAUGUAUGGAGUUGCAUUUGAAAUGUCAGAGGAGGCCCAGUCUAAGGACUUUACCAUUCCCAUCGGAAAAGCCAAGGUUGAAAGACAAGGCACUCACGUCAGUCUCGUGACACAUUCCCGGUAUGUUAGUCACUGUCUGGACGCUGCUGUCGUCUUGGCCAAAGACGGGAUUGAAUGUGAGGUCGUUAACCUGCGCACCAUCAGACCUCUGGAUAUUGAGACCAUUGAGGCGAGCGUGAUGAAGACCAACCACCUGGUGACGGUGGAGGGCGGAUGGCCACAGUUUGGAGUAGGAGCUGAGAUCUGUGCCAAGAUCAUGGAGGGUCCCGCUUUUAACUACUUGGAUGCACCUGCCACUCGAGUGACCGGUGUAGACAUCCCAAUGCCCUACGCUAAGAUUCUGGAAGACAACAGCGUUCCCCAGAUUAAAGACAUAAUCUUUUCAGUGAAAAAGACACUGAAUGUUUAAUGUUGUUAUACUGUAUCCAUGUUUCCACUCAGUUUCCUUACAUUUUCCUCCUUUGCUGUCCAUAACAACAUACCAGGAAGUAUAUUCAUUUAAUUUCUGAUUCUUAGAUGAAAGGUAAAAAAAUACUUGCAACUGUCUAAGGAUUGGUUCUUCAGACAGAAAUCAGUGGCUUUGUAUAGUAGAUAUCAUUGACCCAAACAUAAAAAUGAAUGGAUUAUUGUGGGAAACUAUUUAUUAUAGCCUGUAUUGUAACAAUCCUAUGUAUAUUGUUGCUGUAAAUGGCUCUGUUACAGAAAUAAACUUCCCAUUUUAUCACAAUA